AUGGUUCUAGCAUUAACUGCCAAGAAAAAGAUAGGAUUCGUGAAUGGCAAGAUUGCAAAGCCUAAAGAUGAUUCUCCUCUGUACGAAGAUUGGGAAAGUUGUAACACAAUGGUACUUUCUUGGUUGAUCAACUCUAUGCAUGUUGACGUUUCAAGUAGUAUCAUGUACUGUGAGACUGCGAGGGAGAUGUGGCUUGAGUUGCAAUCCUAUACUUGUGGAGCAAUGAAAAUUCUGAGCAUUGCACAUGAGAAAUCUUAUGUGAUGAGGUUCUUGAUGGGCCUCAAUGAGAGUUUUGAGACAGUGAGGAGUCAUAUUCUCAUGAUUGAGCCAUUUCCUUUAAUGAGCAAGGAGUAUGCUCUGGUUCUCCAAGAAGAAUCUCACAAAGGCAUUGGACAUGGUUCUGCCUUCACACCUAGGCCUAAUUCAGUGGCAAUGUAUGCCAAUACCAGGGGGUAUUCAGGUAAUAAAGGUGGUCCUAAGAAGGAAAGACCUUUGUGCACCCAUUGUAACAUGCUUGGACACACUGUGGACAAGUGUUACAAGCUCCACGGGUAUCCACCAGGUUAUAAGCACAAAUGGAAGCCUAAUUCCAAUGCUAACCAAGUUUCAUAUCCUCAAAGUCAAGCUGUUGAGGUUCCUUCUAAUGCAUUUGCUCAGUGUCCUAUUUCUAAGGCAUAG